GUAGUGUUAAUCCAAAUGCUGUUAUAUAAAUUUUUACUCAUAGUAAUUUUUUUAUUCAAAAUCAGGGAUAUGUUAUACGGCGUAAUGAUGAAUGUUGUAUCUGUACUUUGCUUUGUCCACAACACAACCCGGAGGAGUCUGCUGAGAGGUAGGCGGGCAGGCCGCGAGUCAUUUAACUCCCUCAGCUGAUACGGGACGAGUGUUGCCAGCAGCUGCACGCACGCCACCAACACCACGAGAACCCAGGAUGUCUCACAGCAGUAGCACCACCGCUGCUGCUGCCACCACCAGCAGUAAUGGCGGCACCAUCAGCGGCACUGGAAAGCUGCGGCAGUUUGUGUGCAUUGAGUACCCGGGACUGGUGGAGAAUGUGGACAACAUGAUCAACACUCUGGGGGGACUGGAGAAGAUAUCAGAGGUGUACUGCGAGGACAACAGGCGGAUGGAGCUGCGUUUCCGCCCCAAUGAUGUGUACUGCAAGCCAACAUGCGGCGAGCGUCACAACACCACGGCACUGCUGCUGCGGGUGGUACGGCGGAGGAAGAGGAGGAAGAAAAGGACUGGAGAGGAGGUGGACCAAGCUGCCAACACAGAGGAUGCAGUGAACGGAAGCCCAGCCAUGUCCGAGCAGCCCUGUCAGAUAUCCCCCCUCAGGACAGAGCUGGUGGGAGUUGUACAUACCACCUACAAGUUCAACAGUUUGUGUGAUUUCCAGUACCUGCCUCUGGUGACAAGUGAGGAUGGGAUGCAGCAGACGUGUGUGUAUGACCAGCUGGUUCCUCAGGGGAUGGAGCGGGCUGACUGGCUCAACCAACCUGCCCCUCUGUACCUCCCACCAGCAGCGUUCACACGCAUGGACACCCCUCAGGACUAUCGGUACAGGAGGGAGAAGAACAAUGAGGGCAAGAUGAAGGUGCCACAGAACAUCAUUGCCAGGACACGACAGAGAAGGACCCACUUCACCAUUGUCCACUUCUUCAAGGAUGGUGAGGUCCCUAAGAAGCCCCUUCCUGGAGCCCUGUCACAGGUUCGCAUCAAGUUCAUGGAUAGUAACUCAUACCAGAGCCUGAAGAAGGAGUUUGAGAAGCGUCCCAUCUGGUCUAAGAAUGCGCUCCGGGUCAGGCUGGACUACAAGAAGGACAAACUCAAGUACCUGCUGCCCACCAUGUCCUAUUACUUCCACACGGGGCCAUGGAGGAACCUGUGGGUGCGGCUGGGCUACGAUCCACGCAAGGACCCCAAGGCCUGGAUCUACCAGACCUUUGACUUCCGCAUCCGCCAGGCUGGUGGUGUGAAGACUAAAGUGGAGGCCAAGAGGAGCUACUCAAACUAUGUGUUGCCAUACAAGAGUGCAAACACAUCGAGGAGGAAAACGUCGGUGAUCCAGUCCCUGCACCUCGGCGAGUCAGGUGAGGACGGCAGUGAGGAGUGCUCCAAUGCUGACAAGAACAUGGAGGAGCUGUACAUCUUCAGGCCUGGCAUGAUCCCUCCCUACAGGCAGAUGUUCUACCAGUACUGCGACAUUCAGGUGCCAGAGAUUCAGAAGCUGUUGGAGGAGGCCAUCCUGACGGGUGCCAACAAGGUGUGCUCAGAGAAGUAUGGCUGGCUGCCAGCGGGUGUUGAGGCAACCUGCAGGGACAUCAUGUCACGCCUCAUUGAGAAGACUCUGGCAGAGAGAACAGCGCAGGGUGAGGGCCUGGAGCUGAGGUCUAACUCUGAGAGUGAGUCACCCACAGAAGGGAACUCCACCGAAGAGGAGCAGGGAGAGUGAGGCUGCUGCUCUGACUCGUUGGUGCAGCACAGUCUGGUGAUGGUGACGCUGGUUGUCUCUCCAUCCUUGGUGCAGGAAAUGCUACUCUUGUCACUUCCAGCAUGGCAACAAAGGCAUGCCUGUGUAGUUAUAAAGGAUUAGUUCAAAACAGAGAAUUGUUCUAGAAUUUAAAGUGAAUUUUGUUCUAGAAAUUUCUUCCCAAGAAUUCUAUGCUUAUGUACAGUUUUAUGAUAUAAAUUUUGUAAAUAACCUAUAAAGUUUUUGUAACAAGAAAAUAACCACUACUGUUA